GAUUGGUGCCGACACUCGAAUGCAAUUCUUCGAUUGAUUGGCGAUUUAUUUGUUAUUGAAUCUUCACGUGAAUUAAUUUCGCAUUGAUUUAGCUACAAGAAGAUUGUAUAGUCAUGCUUACAAUAGUAUCGGCAUGGGACGGCCCACGUCAGCAGCUCGUGUCCGGAGGCGUCUGGAGCCCGCUCGACCGCCGCCUGCUGCGGCGGAGAUGGUGACGCUGGUGGCGGCGACCGCCGCGGACCCGGCUUCCAUCGGGCCGGCGUCUUCCCUUCUGGCCAUGCCCGGUUGGCACCCAGGCCCCACCGUGCAGGGCAUGCCGAGUUUUGUCAAUGAAAAGGUGAGGCUGUUAAAGCUCGAGAACCACCUCGUGAGAGAGGAUCACCUGGACAAGCGUUGGGAGGAGGCGACGGGUGAGUCGGUCGACGAAGUCAUUUUUCUCAGCAGGCACGUUGCAGCGUCUAACCGCCCGGCGCUCACCAUUCAUCCGAUCGGUACACCGCAUCUGCGUCAAGAUGAGGUUCCUCUGGCUGGUGGGAGGCCAGGAUGGGCGGCCCCUCCAAAUCCUCGGAUUGGGCCCUGGCUGAGGCUCUUGAAGAACAUUGCCGAAUCACACAAACUAGUUCCCGAGUUUGAGGUCACUUUGGAGGCUACACAUCACGGACCAGAAAUUAGUUCACCAACAAUGUUCGUAGAGAUUGGUAGUACAGACGAGUACUGGAAGAGGCAGGAUGCAGCCCAAGCUAUUGCUUUGUUGGUUUGGGAAGGACUAGGUCUAGGAGGUGGAAACAGUGUAGGAGACUGGAGCAGGAAAGGUGAUCAACCUAAAGUACUUCUUGGAAUUGGUGGAGGGCACUAUGUCCCUCGGCAUAUGGACAUUGCGUGGAAAGAUGGCGUCUGGGUGGGCCAUCUAUUGUCUGGAUAUUCCCUGCCAAUGGAACAACCUAGUGAUUCAAAAGAAGUCAACUCAAAGGGUGUGGCAGGAACGUGGAGAGAAGCAAUCAAGAUUGCAUUCGAGACCACCAGAUUGGCUUUCCCUGGAGGAGAAGUGCUAGUCCAUCUUGAUCUUAAGAGUUUCAAGAGCUGGCAGAGAAAUGCUGUUACUGAGUUCUUAGCGAGUGAAAAGAUCAAGAUUGGCAAAGCUGGCGAUUUCUACUGAUUCUAACUAAUAGACACCAGUGGCAGGCCAUUCAUAUAUACAGCUCGUAGAUACAGGCCCGCAUAUGAUCCAGCUUGGCCAUUCAAUAAGCUCAUUAUAUUCCACCGACAUUUUGUGCGUGUUCCAAUUCUUAGAAUACACGAGGGAAGAUAUCUAAAAGCCAUUAACGACACGUUUAGGGUCCAAGUGGCUUGCCGAGGCAUGAAUCUGAAAUCCGGAAGUGCUGCCACCACCGGGAGUUCUGGAAGUUGGAAAGUGCUGCUAAGUUCUCGCUCUGUGGAAUUUCGGAGUUGACGAUGGAACACGGUGGAUUGAGGAACGUGCACGACAUGGACUGUGUGACUAAGUUCUUAAGGCAUCACAUAAGCCACUGGGCGUCAUGCUUCCGGGCAUUCGGGAUGAACUCAGAACAAACAGGAAGCUAUUCCCCUUCAAUACCUCCAUUGGCAAUCAGAAAUGCGAGAAUCGACUCUAACAACUGCAAUACAGACGACGCAAUCAGCAGAAAGUUCUCCCGAAGCAGGAGAACCAACAAAGAGAGACGGGUAGAUAGGCGCACCAUUCCGACUCCAGAAAGGGUAUCAAACAAGAUUAGGACUAGUUUUGCAGAAAAAGAUUUCAUUGUGUUCUCCAUAAAAGAAGAUGGGACGUUCGAUAUAGCUAAAGAUGGCAGCUCACAAACGUCCGUUUGCCAGGAUGACCGCGGGCUCAGGAGCUUAAGAUCUGUAAGCAUUAAGCUCAAAUCGAGAGGUGAGCAAGAAGCAUCGGUCCAAGAAUGUAACGAAGAGACAUCAACUGGAGGUUCCCCAGUUCUCAUUCCUGAUGAUGAGGAUGACGAAGAAGAGAGCAUGUGCUUGGAAGAAGACAACCACUUUGGCUGCGCGGGAACGGGAUUUCGAAUGGAGGGAAAUGGAGAUUGCACUCGAGGAUCGACAGAAUCAAGACACUCUGGCCAGUCUGAUGGAAGCACCGACUCGUUUACGUUUCCCGUGCUUCAUGGGCAGUGGAUUGGUAGUCCAGUGAAAAUGCCAAGAUCUGAAGACCUCUCUUUGAGGAAGCCAACAGCAAGUUGUCUUCGUUUUAAGUGCUGUAAAUUCUGAAGAAUCUUCCAUCACUCUCCCUCCAUUUUUGCGAGUUCGUACAGUCGUUUGAGCAACCACAAACAAACAGCAUUUCGAC